UUUAAUUUUGUGCUGCUCCCGUUGGUGUCUAAAACCUCCUCUCAUCUCAGUGAGUGAGUACUGAGUAGCAAAAACCCUCUCAUCUCUGCAAAUUGCGAACGUCGAUAAACUUCAGCUUCAAUGGCUAGCACCAAAGUUCAGAGGGUUAUGACCCAACCCAUCAACUUGAUCUUCAGGUUUCUUCAAAGCAAAGCGCGUAUUCAGAUUUGGCUCUUUGAGCAAAAGGAUUUGAGGAUUGAAGGAAGAAUCAUUGGUUUUGACGAGUACAUGAAUUUGGUUUUGGAUGAUGCUGAAGAAGUAAACGUCAAGAAGAAGAGCAGAAAGACAUUAGGGAGGAUCCUUCUUAAAGGAGACAACAUAACUUUAAUGAUGAACACGGCAAAAUGAUGAGCACAUUGGUCCGGUCGUUGCAUCCAACAAGAAGGCUUAUUUAUCUUUACCUUUUCAGUUUAAUUACAAUAUCUCUUGUCAACAUGUUGAAUAUGCUGUGUGAGAAAAUAUUAUGUUGACAAUGUGAAUUUUUUAUGCACCAAGACAAAUACUUGAUUGAUGGUCCUCUUAGUUAUGCCUUCUUGUUGGCUGUAUUAAUGCUCAGAUUCCAGCAUGAAAGGAAACUAACUGUAUUGUGAUUGAGAGUAUAGCACCAUAUUAUAUAACCUUCCUCCAUUUAUUGUCAA